CACACACACACAAUCAGUCACACACAGUGAGCCACGAUGCACGCUACGCUGUCCUUACUCCUGCUGCUUCUUACGUCAUCAACCAGCCCCGCCUUGGACCAUCGCUGUCCCGCCGAUAUUACCAUCUCGGGUGCUGAGGAAUGGGCGAACAUUACCACCGUGCAGAGUAUCACGACAUACCAACAGGCAUACUUGUUCGUGCACCCCGAUGCAGGCUUCCAGGGCGUCAGGAUCGUGGCGGCGGGCGAUGGCUGGCUGGGCGACGCCUGGUUCACGCUGGACAGCACUUGCUUUCCUCUGGACGCAGAGUGGUGGUUGUUGCAUGCAGAGGAAUGGAGAGUGCAGAACAAUUACAAUAACAAUGAUGACGAUCUUGUGUUUAGAGUAUGGACUGGUGUGUGUGAUCUUGAGUGCCGCAGGAGAGGGCGCUUCCCUGGUGGCGGCGGGAGUCUUAUUGUAGCGGCUCAGGGGCCCUCAAGGUGGAGAUUAGAGGACCCGAGGCCACCAUGCCCGCUCACAAAUUACAGACGACAAAGUUUAACGUACCAAACAAUAAACUGCACUAAGCCUACAGCCACCAGCGCCAACACCACCUCCUCCACCACCACCUUCACCUCUACUGCCUCCACCACAAAGGUUGUAAUGGUAGCAGUUGUGAUGGUGGUGGUUAUGACUGUCGUUGUCGUUGUGGUGACGGUGGUGGUGAAAAGGCGCGUCCAGCAGCCAAGAAAUGCAUCGGCAGGAGAUAUGAAGUGGCAAUCCCGAGGCGCCGCCCCGACCGCCCGCGAGAGCAUGAACAGCCUGUACGAGGCCUACGACAACACCGGCGGGAGAUAGAUCACCCUGUUGAUCUAGGGUGAAGGGUCAAGAGCAACCUGUACGAGCCCGUCAGGAAUUUAAGGAAACAAAAUCAUUGAUCCUACACAGCCGAUCCUGCACCAAGGGGGGGCGGGGGGACGAUGGGGCGGAAUCCCCUUGGAAUAUACUGACAUUAAGAACACUUUCCUUAUUUAUAAAGUUAUAAAAUACUAAACCACUUGAUCAUCAAGCCAUAAAUUGAAAAUAAGUUCAAGUAGCUAAAACAAUUAAAAAUAGACAGGACCACCUGGUUGACAUGUUGAAUUAUGAACACUUCCCCAGAAAUAAAAAAAGUAUUGUGUCUGCCGCCCGCUCCUCCAGGGAGUGUGACGAUGCCAAUUUUGCCGCAGUUUCCAUAAAGUUGAUUACUCUUCACAAGAAAUUUCCUCGAUUUUGCUCCUGGUCUGUACAAGCUGGUGAAGACUGUCCUCAUCGAUAAGCUGCAGCCAGUCUCUUCAACUCAUCAAGAUUGGAGGGCCGUCCCCAGCUCUGCGGGCACGACCUGCUCGCCGCUGCAACCCUGCAGGGCCUCUCUGUGCUCCACGGGCAGGGCAUAAAGCCAUCAACAGAGAUACGGUGAAAUGUGAUGGAAUGGCGCAACUUCUCAUUGGCGUCAUUCCAUCCCUUUUAGAUGAAGGUUUAUAUGCUUUACUGC